GACAAAAGAUUUGAUAAUAGAUAUUCGAGAUCUCAAAUUUAAAAUCUAGUUACUUCACAUUUAACACGCUACCUUUCUCUCACUCAAACAAAAAAUAAAAAGAAGUAUUGUUUAGCAGAAGCAGCAGCUGAUGGAACAAGCACUUGUACAUUCGGCCCAAAAGCACUUGGCCGGCCCUUGCUGCUUAUAUUGUACCCGGCUCGUUUAAAUAAAGUUCGGCUCCGUCGUUAAAAUAUUUUCUGAAUCUCACAAAUUUGCCGCUUCUCUACAAUUCUACGUUACGCCAUCAAUUGAAACUAUCAGAGCGAGAAAUCCGAAGAUUCAGCCACUUGGAUAUAAAAUAGUUUGCAGCAUAGUUGAUUUUGGCGUUUGCGCAAAUUAGAGAAUCCAGGAUGGCUCACUACAUGGAUUUGCAAGCAUUCAUCCUGCGCGCGCGCGUGUUAAAGCUUUAUAGACAGGCAUUACGAACUGCUCGCCGAGCCCCCGCCCAUUCCCGCGCGGAGCUGAGACAGGCCAUGCGAAACGAGAUCGAGAAGAACAAGCACUGCAAUGACAAGCAGAAGAUUCGAUUUUUCAUUAGUGAAGGAUUGCAGAGAUUGAAGGGUCUCGAUGAGAUGCUCGAUAUGACGGGUCGCAAGUAGCUGAACCUAAUGCCUUGGAAUGAACGACAAUUCCGAAGAUUUUGAGUUCGUGAUGUUUUUUUUCUUCCAAUCAGACAUGUUUAUGUUCAAAUUUCAGAGAUCAGACAUGUUUAGUUCGGCAUGCAUCUAUGUCCCCGCUGUGACGGGAUUUUGAAUGAAAUGAAGAUAAAUUUUUUAACCA